AUGUUGAACGCUGAUGUUAUACUGUCGAUGAUGAUGAUGAUGACUAAAAUUUCACGAUACCAUCCUCAACUUGUCCAGGUCGUCAUGGAGUCUCUGGAAGAACGACAUAAUUUAAAUAGUCAACUCAAUCAGGGUCCACAUGCUACAUCCGCUAAUGCUUUGGCAGAACCGAUCAUAGACGAUGCCAUACCUCACGCCAACCAGCUGAUAGAUGGAAUUCGUGUGUGCUACCGAGACACAGCAACUGAUGGACGGCGUUAUGCAACCGGUCGGCUAAAUUUCAAGAAUCGUGUUCCAUUAAACCAUCAGAGACUGUAUCCUGUUGAUUGUGAUUCAAACGUACCAUCGCCCACACUCUUUCUUACUCGUACACAUUUACGCCUUCUUGUGGCCCCCUGGCAAGAUGAGUUGGAUGAUCUUCAAUUGCCAUCUGAAACAACCCACGGGGAAUCGGGACCUCCUGACGAAUUGAAGAGUGCCACAUACAACAAUUUGGAGAUGACUAUCCGAGACGCGGACAGUCCUGCUUUGCUGGAUUCCGUUUCGGCGCCUUCCCAUGCAGGGCCUAGCAUUAUUACCGGGGAUAUGCCGCCCGAAGAUUUGGACCGUUCUGUCACUUUUGAGCGCUCUUCCUCGAAGCCCAUCUCAUCUGCUACACUGACCACUAACUUCUCUACCAGUUCAGCGCCACCGACAUACUCAGUUGCAAAGAAUGGUGGGGUUUCUGAAACCGAACCGGGUCCCUUGACUAUUUUAGGAGCGGUCCGUGGUUCUGACCCCACUCCGCUGUCUCAGCUCGGUCGGAAUUCCACGCCGUAUUCCGCCAGUCCUGCCAGCGCUCUGUCACUUUCUCUUCUGGGUCCUUGCCUCGGAACUUCGUCCUCGAUAAGAUUCACCGCCACUGGUCCAAAAUGGAGUCCUGCGAAUCUCUUGGCUGCAACGACAUCCCUUCCGAACACUUUUGGUGUUCACCAUCAACGGUUUAAAAAGGGUGAUGUGGUCAAGACACCGAAUGGCGUGCGCAAGAAAUUCAACGGAAAGCAAUGGCGUCGCCUUUGUAGUCGUGAGGGCUGCACUAAGGAAUCACAGCGACGCGGGUUCUGUUCCCGUCAUCUAUCAAUGAAAGGGAAGGAAAUUCGUGCUCUGGGUUACGCUGCAGCAAUCGCAGCCUUAUCUUCCAGUGAAUCAUCCUACAGCCGUGCUGACCAACUUCACAGCAAUUCUACCAAGGCCCACCAAACUGCUCACAACCCUGGCGGAUAUAACCUGCACCCCUCCACGUCAUUCGCACCAGGUGUAAGGCCUGCGCUUACUCCCGUAGGUGUUAGCCUAACCCAUCACUCUACGCAAAAGCCGACAAUCUCUGAGUUCGUAUCUUCAGUACCGGCAGAUCCAUUACCACGUUUGCCCUCCACAACAACUGGUUCUGCACCGGAAUCCUCUACCGUCGGACGACCCUCACAAUCUAUCAUCACCAGCCCACUGGCUCUUUUACCUGUUCUCAUCGACUCACCUCAGUUGGCGUCCAGGGAAUCGGUUGGUCAUUUUUCGGACCAUGGAGAUGGCUGUGGUGGUGGCGGCGGUGAUAGCUUUGAUCGUGAGGAUUCCAGUCGUAGAAAGGGCCCAAAUCGAGGCCAUCCCAGCUCAGGUGGCGACUUCGAAGACCACCCGGAUGUGAUACACUCUCAUCGAACACCUUUGGGUGAGUUAUCCGAAGGUGUUGAUGUGAAAUCCAAGGACACUGUAAACUCCCAGGAUUCGCCAGACGAAAAUAGUAUUGCGGGGAACAGUGACCGCGUUGCGGAAAGCAUCUCGAAUGGUUGUGACGACUUGCCGUCGUCCAGCGAACUACUGUCGGACGAUGCUAUGACUCGCAAACCUUUGCUUGAUCUGGACACGGAUACCGAUAAAACGUCAUUCAAUGAAGGGAGUACAAUCGCCAUCUCUGAUUCUACACUAGAUCGCCAUGUUCGUCGUCCAAUGAAUGCCUUCAUUCUGUUCUCCAUGCGACAUCGGGCUGAAGUCCAUCGACUUUAUCCAAAUAAAGACAACCGUGUUGCCAGCCAAAUUCUUGGAGAGUGGUGGUACAGAAUGGCGACGGAAGAAAAGGCACAUUAUCAGAAACUAGCUAAAGAGCUCAAGACUGCUCAUUUUCACUACUAUCCCAAUUGGAAAUGGUCAUCCCCAAAAGAAAGGCGCAAAUCAGCCCCGCUAUCCCGCCAUGACACAGACCGGCCGAAUUGGAUGACGGAGCAAGUUUCGCCUCCUGUUUCAGAUGCUCGCUGUGUGACUCCCCGGGUAGCAACUGAUACUUGUACUCCGACACUCCGCUCAAACGUCGAUAAGAGUUCCCCGACUGAUGGGGUCCGUGCUGUUCCUGUGCUGAGUGACUCUGAUCUGGAUAUAUGUUCGAGGGAUAUGAUUGUACAAGAUUUAGCCACCACCAAAAGACCCAGUUUACCAACUUUUUCAAACCCACCAACCGGUUUGGAACUUCUAGCUCACGCGGUGGAAUAUUUAAACGUUCUGGAAUCCCUGAGGGCGACGAACUCCGACGAAUCAUAUGAUCCAGACGUCCAGCUUGGACGUCUGGCCUGCGACCCAGCAGCUGAAAACCGGUUACAGCAUAUCCAACGGUCUUCACAGACAGCUCCGGAGGCACAGUCGAACUCCCUCAUUCAAAACGAGGCCAGCACGUCUCCGGUAGCAUCCCCAACACCAUCACGCAGCCAAAAAACCACUUCCGUUGAAUCAUCGACCCAUGUUGACACUUGUGGUGAUAUCUGUCCGAAGAAAGAAGUAUGUGGUAUUGAAGGCCUGGCUGAGUGUGGGUCCAUCUCUUCAUCGAGCAUCUCUACCUGUGAGCUUCCUACUUCUGAACUGACUCCCUUAAACACAGCACGUGUUACCGUACCUGAUGAUGGGACACAACCUGUUUCAGCGCUACCCAUCCGUACAACUACAGAUGGCGCCAAGGUCGUAAAUAGACCGGCUAUGGCCAAACUUUGUUGGCUAACUCUCCCCACGCCUUUGUUGACUACGGGCUGUGUUCUUGUCGGAGGUUCGAAAUCCCCCACACCCAAUCUCCUACUGCCGGACGAAAAUUCCACUCACAGUCUGUCCUCAAAUCGGCAACCAACAGUUGGAAGCUCAUCAGCAAGCUCGAGUGGUUUCAUUUAUCUGAAGCCGGUUAUUCAACUUGUUCCCACCUCACAAGUCGUGUCUGUUAAUCAAGCUACAGACAGUACAUUGCUUCAGCCUCAGUCUCGCCCAGUCACUUUCGCACCCACGUCAAUAUCUGCCCUCCCAACAUCACCGCCCGUCAUUCUGAACUCCAUUCAACAACAAGUUCGAACCACUGAUAUAACGUCCUUUGAAAAACGCGAAUCAGAACAUAGUUCCGCUCCGCCGACACCUGUCUCCACCAGCGUUACUACAUUGAUCAAUUCUCGUACGAUGAGCUCAUCUCUUCGUCUAGAGCUCUCACCUGCAAUCAAUGAGGGAUUAGGAGAAGGAUCUCGGUUUUCUUCUAAGCUGAUGGCUGUGGAUCCAACUAAUACUAUCACAGAAGAAAAACUCUCCGAAUCCACCAUCCACAAUGGAAAAGAGGGCUCUGGCGGCUUGAACAGUAGCUCACCUUUGCUCUCUCCGGCAUCGGAUGCAGCGGACUUUAGUCCACUCGACAAACCUCAUCUAUCCGCCCGGUGUAUGAAGGUUAGACCUCCGCCGUUGGAUCUGUCUCUCGCCUUGAUGAAAGAUUCCCAUGAAGAAGAUGAGAAUGUUCCUGAGAGACAUAUUUCUGAGGUCAACAAGCGAAUCAAUGGGUGCGGCACAACGCGGCGUCCAUUCUCUGCCAGUCUAUGUAAUCGAGGACCGAAACGCAAGCCUGAUUCCGCAACCGAAGUGUUGAUGGCCUCGAUCGACAUCCGUGAUCGCCUGUCCAAUCUACCUCCAUUCCAACCUACUUCCGCUUCUCCAGCAUCUAGGAAAGCUUGUUCGGCCGGACCUUUCUUACCUUGCGAGGUGACACACAAGCGGCUUAGAACAAAACUCCCGAACGAUCAGUUUCCUGUGACUACGAAUGUAGCCCCUUUGGUGUCGAAUCACACUAGUGCAGAGUCUCAAUCUGCCGAAAUCUUGAAUCAUUGUGAUACAAGUCUGGGCCCUUCCCCAUAUGACAUUCGGAUGGAAAACGUGUUUUUUGGUGCCGAUUUUCCUCAGUCACUCCAGUCUUUUGAUCAGGAGAACGAUACACCUGAAUCUGGUCUCACGCAACGCCGCAAUCACGGUCACCGUUUCAACUCGUCCGGGUCUUGUGUGUCCACCCCUCCAAACAGUGCUGCGUAUCUUCGACAACCUCAGCCAUUAGCACCCAAAUCUCAGCAGUGUUCUACAGAUGUGAAGAACUGUAGUGCUGUUAAUCCGACAAUGGGACGCAAAUUGACUCCAUCCAGAACUCAUCUAGCCAUGCGCCGCAAACUCGUUUUGGAGUUAUUUCAAGAGCAUGGUCUGUUUCCAUCCGUAUCAACUACCACCAAUUUCCAGCAACGCCAUCUGACCCACUUCCCAAACAGACAAACGUUGCAGCUAAAAAUCCGUGAAAUGCGCCAAAGAAUUAUGCAAUCGACCAGUCAACACUUUACGAAUCAACCUUGCCGUCGUCAUGUAUUCUCACGGUGCGCUGACUUAGCUGAGGUCGGACAACCAGGUCAAUGUAGCUAACUACUUGGUACCCGACCGUGUUUUCAGCCUUUAUGUUGUACUUACCAACGCUAGUCGUUGUCUGCCUACCCAGUUCACUCCAAGCCAUCGCAAUCUCCAGAAACUAGCAUUUCUCGAUUGCUCGUCAAUCCUUUCUUUCCUUUGCUUGUUUUUUUUUAAUUCUGAUCCACGAUUCGGCGCACGUCAGUCUUCAACGCUACCCGUCUUUUUCCUAGUAUUUUCGCCUCGACCACGUCUUUCUAUGUUUACCGUGGUUGAUGGACUGGUAUUUUCUCAUCUGUCCUACUCAUCAUCGUUCAUCCCAGUGGCAUGUAUGCUUAUGUCAACCGGUUAGUUUUUAUUGCCCUGUUUUUAUCUAUUUCAGUGCUUUUUAUUCUAUAUUGUCAAUAACUUUUGCUCUUGGUCACAAUAUUCACUUGUUU